AACUCUUUUGGGAAGACGCCCCCUCCAGUAUUCAAUUCGCCUCGAUUGUGCGUAUGCAAUCGAACUGAAUUUGAAUGCGGAGAGAAAAUUGUGUCGAUUACGAGUGUGCGAAAUACGAAUUAAUUUAAAAGGAAGAAAAGGUUUGAAUUAUUAAAAAAAAAAUGCCAAAAGCUACCAGGUGUCGCGCUCGCGGUUGUUUAAGUGAUGUGAAUGUUCGUUAUUUCUCUUUCCCGAAAAAUGCGCGAUUAUUGCAAUUGUGGAGGGACAAUUUGAGGAUCCCGCCUUCAACGCACAUGCCGGUGCAUAAUGCAUUUCUAUGUAUUAAGCACUUCGAGGAUAACGCUGUGGGUCCAAAAUAUCUAAAAAAAGGAGCAAUUCCCACCCGUAACUUGGGGUACGAUGAUGAUCCCCCAAACAUGUGGACAGAGAAAAAAAAGAAACGGAGCUGCUGUAUUGAGAGCUGCGUUUCCAAGGAGAAAGCUAUUCUGUAUGCGUUUCCUAAGAACGAAGAUGCUCGUAAGCGUUGGGCCUUGGCUUGCAACGUGAAAGUGUCAAAAACUGACAGGGUUUUUGUUUGUCAACGCCAUUUUGAACCCAAAUUAGUAAGAAAAUAUAAACUUUUGAAAGGGGCUUUUCCUUGUUUAAGAUUAGAUCCAGUUAAUAGGAGUCGGUCAGCUAGUGCUGGCUCUGAUUGGGUUAGCCCACCCAUCACCGAAACAUAUAGUACGGUAGCUAAGGAAGAAGAUUUGGAUCUAGAAGAGUUUGAACAAUGUUCCACAUUAGAGGAAAAAAGUCAGGUUAGUUAUAGGAUUGAGAUCUGCCGGGAAUUUGAAUCCACAAGCCCUACCGAAGGAUUUGCUCAGUCUACUCCCUAUCACAGCAACACGGCUAAAUUAAAUAAACGAAUAGAAGAACUUGAAAAGGAAAAUAAUGACCUUAAAAAUAAAUAUUCAGAUUUGUUGAAACGUGCGAUAAUUGCGGGAGAAAGUUGCAGCAGCGAUGCGCUAACUUUUGCGGAAAUGAUUGUCAGUACCGAAAAAGAUUGGUAUAAUGAGGACGAAAAGGCAUUAGCACAACAAUUAAACUAUAUAUCCCCUAAAGCAUAUUCUUUUAUGCGCGACGAUUUAGGGUUUUGUUUACCUGACAAAUCGUCAGACUUGUGAACCUGAAUUCAGGGUGUCGCAUUCAGGUGAUAUGUUACCGUCCGCUUUUCGCAAGAUAUGCUCAUACUGGUAGUACUCGCAAUGUAAUGUUGCCAAUUAUAAAGCAAGAACCCCAAUUGCAAUAUCUGACGAGUGUUAA